AGUUAGGAGUUCAACAUCCUACAUAUGUGUCAAAUUUGUUUCAUGAACUGUUAUUAUUAAUAUUGGAAUGCAGAUUGAAGUGACAGCGGCAAGAGAAGUUGCAGAUGAAUGCCCACUUAAGUCUUUCAGGUUCUACAAAACAAAGGAAUUUUCAACAGGCUUUUAUGAAAUUAAGACUGGAGCAAAAAAUAUUCGAACACCAUGGUGGGAUGCAAGUGUGAUAUAUGGAAGCAAUGGAGAAGUUUUGAAGAGAUUGAGAACAUUGAAAGAUGGGAAGAUAAAGAUAUCUGAAGAAGGGGAGCUUCUCCAUAAUGAAAAUGGAAUUGCAGUCUCUGGUGAUGUCCGUAAUAGUUGGGCUGGUGUCUCAACUUUGCAGGCCCUUUUUGUUCAUGAACACAAUUCUGUCUGUGAUGCUCUCAAGAAAAACUACCCAGAAUUGGAUGAUGAAGAAAUAUAUAGGCAUGCAAGGUUGGUGACGUCAGCAGUAAUUGCAAAGAUUCACACCAUUGAUUGGACUGUAGAGCUCCUUAAAACUGACACUCUACUUGCAGGCAUGAGGGCCAAUUGGUAUGGAUUGUUGGGGAAGAAAUUUAAGGACACGUUUGGACAUGUUGGAGGAAAAAUCUUAGGAGGACUUGUGGGAUUGAAGAGACCAAAUAAUCAUGGUGUCCCAUACUCUUUAACUGAGCAAUUUGUCAGUGUUUAUAGAAUGCACUCACUCUUACCUGAUAACCUUCAACUCAGAGACAUAUCUGCCACUCCUGGCCCCAAUAAAUCUCCACCGUUAAUCAAAGAGAUUCCUAUGAAGAAUUUGAUUGGACUAGAAGGAGAGAAGACUUUAACAAAGAUAGGGAUUGUAAGUCAAAUAGUAUCAAUGGGGCACCAAGCUUGUGGAGCACUUGAGCUUUGGAACUAUCCAAUGUGGCUCAGAGAUCUCAUACCACAAAACUUGGACGGCUCAGAAAGGCCAGAUCACGUGGACCUACCUGUUCUUGAAAUUUAUAGGGACAGAGAGAGGAAUGUAGCAAGAUACAACCAAUUCAGGAGGGCAUUAUUGUUGAUACCAAUCUCGAAAUGGGAAGAUUUAACAGAUGACAAGGAAGCAAUUGAAGUACUAGAAGAUGUUUAUGGUGAUGAUGUUGAAGAGCUUGAUUUGUUGGUUGGCCUAAUGGCAGAGAAGAAGAUUAAAGGCUUUGCUAUUAGUGAAACUGCUUUCAUUAUAUUCCUCCUCAUGGCAACUAGGAGCCAUAUCCAAAAUUCUCCACCUUCAGCGCCGCGCAACCUCUUCUUCGUGCAAUCUUCGACGGUCACCGCCAUCAAUAGUAGUCAACGCUGCCGGACCGUCAGACAGCAACCAUCUCGAUUUGCUUCGCUCAGUCGCCCAAGCGCCGCCGCCUCUGUUGCAUGUUGCCAUCGCGCCCCGUUGAAGACGCAUCCUCCUGUCAAGCCUACACCACCCCCCGACUGCGCCUCAACACACGCCGCAGCUGAAGUUUACCUGCGCCCCAUUGCUGUUCGACUUGUGAGUCCCCAGCAAGCGCCGAUCCCUGCCUCGCGUCCUAGCCCCGUAGCGCACCGUCGUUUCCUGCUUCGCGGCGGAGUCCCUUCAUGCAACCUGUCUUUCCUUCGGCGCCAGUGUUGCAAUAAGAGAUAAGUGCUACUUUACGAUUUUUAGAAACCUAGAAUUUUACAGGUUUCAUAUGUGAGCAUGUCAUUGGGUAUUACAUUCAUAUAACAUGGUUCAUUGAAAUUUUGGUUACUGUUAGACAAGGAAGAAUGGAAAACUAAUUCCCUUGUGUUUAUAUAUCUUGGAUAAAACUUAUUUUGAAUGUGAUAAAGGUGUAUUUGGUAUUGAAAAUAUCAAUUGUAUACUUGGAACGAUGUUUUGCAAUGCUAAUUUAAAAGGAGAAGGAAAAGGGAGAAAAAGUUUUUUUUUUGUAAUUGCAGCAAUUGAAUAUUACUACAUAUGUAUCUUUAGAGUGAUAGUGUGUGCUAAAUUGUCUAUUAGUUUUGGUUUUGUACUGCUGAAUUGUUAAUUGAUUGUAACCCUUGGAUCUUUGAUUGUUGUCAUUAAGCAAAAAGAAGUAGUUUGAUUUUCUGAAAGCAUAUGCUAAAUCAAAAUUUACUCUUAAGAUCCGCAUAUUUCUUUUUUCACAAUUUUAUAUUGUAUGUAAGAUUUGUUGAGGAAUAAUCAGAGAAGAAGUAAAGCAUAGAAAAAGCAAAAUAAUAGGUUGUAUUAGUAUGUGUCUUUUACUACAAAGUGCUAACAUAUAUAUAUGUUCCUUUGUUGUCAUUAAGCAAAAAGAGAUGUUUGAGUUUUUUAUUUGAACCUAUUUUUCUAUGUUAUUGUUCUGAAUGUUUGUUAAUUUUUUCUUGCAUAAGGUAGUGUACAUGUAUUAAGAUAUAUUUGAAAUUGGGUUUGAUUUUGUUCAUAUAAAAUUGUAGCAUUAAGAGAUAUUUUUGGAGAAUUUUUUUGGUUUUUUCUCUUGAUAUUUUUGGUUUUUUAGCUAUAUGCUAUGAUGAGUUUAUUGACUUUUAAUUGAUUAUAUGCUAUAAUGGAAACACCAUAGAAUUGAAUUUACUAAAAAGCUAUCAUUACUAAACACCAAUUCACUAUGAUGAGAUGUUGAAUUAAUCAUGAAUAACUAGUCUUUGUUUAUAACUAUGGUGAAUUUCUUCUGUUGUUGAUUUAGGAGAAAAGUAGGAGCUUGUAAGUGGUUGAUCACAUGGUGUUUGACAUGAAUUUUUGAGAGAAGGAUUGUUCCAAUUUUCUGGAAGAUGCAUAGAUGGAGAAGAAACAAAAGAUUGUGCAGUAUAGAGAAAGACUUGAUAAGACCCUUUCCUCACCUAAUCUUACAAAUGAUGAGAUGCUCCAAAAACAUGUCGAAAGCCAACUUGUAUGUUCUUCGGAAUAAGAAGUAGAAUGUCAUGACAUUCUCUUGUGUCCUUUGAAUUCAUUUAGGCAGAAAUGGUACUAGCUUGGUGGAGCCAUUAUUUUUCGUUAAAUUAUUCUUUUAUAGGUUCUUAAGAUGCUUUGUUUGAUUAAUUUUCAUACAAGCAGAAGUUGUUAGAAAUGAAGACAGUAGAUUUAUCUAAUUUUCAUGAUAUGUUAAGGAGUGCUUCUUCAGAAGAUAUCAUUUUACUUUUGUUAAACACUUGUUUUGUUUUAACCAAUUAAUACUUGGAUAUGUCUUUCAUGGAUGUGUC